AUGGAGGCAUGUAUGGUGCCACACACCUUGCGACAGCUGACGGCUCGAGAUAUAAAUCAAACCUUAAGCUUUUACAGGCCUCCGAAAAUCACGAGUUUCAAUCUUCGUAUCCCUCGAUAUGUCCGUGGACCCGAGAUUGAUCGCUGGAUCGAGUUUAUUGUGUCCCGUAAUGUGGAAAAGUUGACUUUGGUCUUCAAUAACCAGACUUAUAGUUUCCCGGAUUCUUUCUAUCUUAGUUCCUCCUUUGCGCAGCUCUGCAUUCAUUAUCCUUCCAAGGUUGCCGGAUGCACAGUGUCUUGGAAAUACCUAAGGAAGUUGACGUUGUGGGACUGUAAUCUCUGUGAAGAAGAAUCUAUUCAAAAUAUUCUCUCUGGCUCUCCUAUUCUUGAAACCUUGAAAUUGAAAUAUUGUAGAGGACCUCAGCGUCUUGAUCUGAGUAAACCACGUAGUUUAAGGAGACUGGUGAUUUACUUUGGCGCAGGCCCAACCGAGAUUGUAGCGCCACAUCUCCAGUAUUUGAGUUUGCGCACCUUUAAUGAAAGAACAUGUACUUUAGUGGAUGUUUCUUCGUUGGCCGAAGCUAAAAUUCACAUUGCCGUGGACAAUUACGGCCCUCCUUUGAAACUUGAUUUUCUUCAAACCAUGGUGCUAAAAUUGCUUGCCAAAUUACACAAUGUUAAGAGGCUUACUUUUACCGGAACCGUUCUUCAGAUUCUAUCUCUCGUCGAGCUCCGUGGUGUUCCUUUCCCAACAUUCAAGGUUCAAACUUUGACUGUUGAAACAGGGUUUACAAGAUCUGUUAUUCCUGGUUUAGGAAGGUUAUUACAAAAUUCACCUGAGCUAGAAAAGCUAACAGCACAGGCGACGACACGCUUGGUCGGCAUACCGGAAAGGGAUCUGGACAGCUAUAUGGAUUCAGAAGGUUUGAAUCCAGAUCGAUGCGGGAGAUCAAAAUAUGAGGCAUUUCCUACCUUAUUUGAGUUUGUUAGUGUGAUCAGUUGUAAGGAUGCAACGUGGAGACUCAUGGCUUCGUUCAUGGAAAUGGUGAUGAGAAACGUAAAAACACUAGAGACGUUGGUGGUAGGGUUGGAAUGUAUUAAACCCAAAGGUAGUGAUGCAAGAUGGUUUGAAGAAUUGCUUCAGAUGCUUCAGUUACUUUCUAACAACAAUAAUGUUUCCAUUGUGCUCAAACGCUAA